AUGAAUAAAUUGUAUGAUCUGUACGUAUUUUUGGAAAUGGAUAAGAGAAAGUCAUUCUUGGAAUUAAAGGAAAAAGUUCAACAUGAAAUUGAGGAAACUUUAAAAGAACGAAGUAAAGUAGUGGCCAAGAAACAUUCCAUUAAGGAGGAACUUUAUCAGCAUUUUGAGGAAAUUAAAUCAACGAUUGAGGAGAAUGAUUUGGAACUUUUGAAAGGUGUGGAUUUGAGAAAGGAAGUUUGCACAGAAGGACAACAGUCGAAUCAUAAAAAGAUUAUUUGUAAUUUUUAUUUGUGGGAUACCGAAGGUCAAGAAGAUUAUGAGAGGAUAAAACCGCUUAGUUAUCCUGAAACUGAUUUAUUUUGUGCUUGCUUCAGUACUGUUUCCAGUAUAAGUUUUGAGAAUAUUCAACACAAAUGGAUUCCAGAAAUUAGACAUUACAACCCAGACAGUCCAAUCAUUUUAAUAGGAUGCCAGGCUGAUUUGAGGAAUAGUUCAAAAGUUCUAAAAGAGUUAAAGUUUCAACACUUUACAACACCAAUCAGUUUCAGUGAAGGAGAAUUGAUGGCUCGUUCAACAGGUUGUUGUACCUAUGUUGAAAGCUCAGCAAUGACUGGAGAGGGAAGCACAAAAUACUUGGCAGAGAUUUUUGCCAAAACACUUGUUUAUUACAAUCACCAAAGAGAAUUAUUCUCAAAGACAAGGGAUUGUCAACUAAUGUAA